GGUAGGCAGGACACCAACCACAAUAUAAACGACGAACGUCGAAGGGAAACGUACUCAAAGAAAUCCAAAGAAUCACAAAAUGAAGGUGGUACUACUUACAGUGUGUUUUGCCGUAGCCGUACUGGCUCAAGAAAAAUAUGAUUCAGCAAACGACAACUUCGAUAUUUCUGAAGUAUUAGGAAAUGAACGAUUGUUGCUGUCAUACUCGAAGUGUUUGCUGAAUAAAGGCCCCUGUACUCCAGAGGUGAAGCAAGUUAAGGAAAAAUUACCGGAGGCAUUGGCCACGGGAUGCGCCAAAUGCACUGAGAAGCAGAAACAAAUGGGCAAGCAGCUAGCACGGGAGCUGAAGAAAACCCACCCCGAGAUCUGGGAUAAGCUUGUGGCCCACUACGACCCACAGGGCAAGUACCGGGAGGCCUUCAAAGACUACCUCAAGCCUUGAUGCAAGUUGUAUGUUAGAGAUUGUGAUAAAACAGUGAUAUUAAAAUAAAUACUAUAUUCAAUGUAAAUUACAUUUUUUAUUCCUUUCAUUACGUAAAAUAAAUUUUAACAUUUAAAUUUUUGGAAUACGCUUUUAGCAUAAUUAAAACAAUUAAUUGUCAAUAAAAAACAUCAAUAUACUGAUAAAAAUCAAGUAAGUAUCUAAUAAUAAUUGAAUAAAACUAAAAUAUUAUAGAAAAAUUAA